AUGCCCAGAAUCGUAAUCAAGGAAAUUCGAAUACCGUUAGGAGGCAAAGGAGUGAAAGCGAGGAGGAUGAGGGAUGAGGGAAUGGGAGACGAGAGAUGGGAGACGAGAGAUGAGAGACGGGAUGAAGCACCGCACCGCUUGAUUCGCAAGCGGAUAGAUGGGCGAGAAUCCGAAGAAUCCAGGAGUUUGUUGGCGGAUGUGCUGUUGGCGGCGAGGAGGAUGAGAUGGCAGCAGGGGCAAGAACUAAGGAGAGUCAACGGCGCUAUGGAACAGCAGCGCGGGACGAGGAUAUUAACUGCUGUUGUACUGCAGCCGAGUCUAGAGGGGAUGAAGAAUCCAAAGAACUACGAACUAAGCACGAUCUGGAGUCAGUGGCUGCGUGGUGGCUUCAGUUAA